CAUUAUCACAUAACAUCCAUGACCAUGUUCAUCUCUACCAUUUCUCUGUUCACUCUCUUUUCUGCCAUUUAUGGCACUGCAGCUACCAAUCUUCACACUUUUUCUUCUGAUUCUUAUAAUCAACCUUACAGAACAGCUUAUCACUUCCAACCUCCAAAGAAUUGGAUUAAUGAUCCAAAUGGACCAUUGAGAUAUGGAGGACUUUAUCAUCUGUUCUAUCAGUACAAUCCUAAAGGUGCAGUUUGGGGAAAUAUUGUGUGGGCACAUUCAGUGUCAAAGGAUCUUGUGAACUGGACCCCACUGGAUCCUGCAAUCUUCCCAUCUCAGCCGUCGGAUAUAAAUGGUUGUUGGUCAGGAUCAGCCACAGUGUUACCUGGUAAUAAACCAGCAAUUUUAUACACUGGAAUCAACCCACUGAAUCAGCAGGUUCAAAACAUGGCAAAGCCUAAAAAUUUGUCUGACCCUUUUCUCAGGGAAUGGGUGAAGUCCACAAAAAACCCUCUAAUGGCACCAACUAGUGCUAAUGAGAUCAAUUCAAGUUCAUUUAGGGAUCCCUCCACUGCUUGGCUAGGUCAAGAUGGACACUGGAGAGUGCUUGUUGGAAGCAAAAGAAGAAGUAGGGGAAUGGCACUUUUGUAUAGAAGCAAAGAUUUUUCUGAUUGGGUUCAAGCCAAACACCCUCUGCAUUCAACCCUAGGCAGUGGAAUGUGGGAAUGUCCAGAUUUUUUCCCAGUUUUGAAGAAUGGCCAAUUGGGUGUUGACACAUCAGUGAAUGAUGAUUAUGUGAGGCAUGUGCUUAAGGUUAGUUUGGAUGAUAAAAAACAUGAUUACUACAUGAUUGGGAGUUACAAUGGUGCCAGAGAUAGGUUUAUCCCUGAUAAAGGGUUUGAAGAAUUUGUUUUAAGAUAUGAUUAUGGAAAAUACUAUGCCUCAAAAACCUUCUUUGAUGAUGGAGAGAAGAGAAGGGUUUUGCUUGGGUGGGUGAACGAAUCUUCAAGUGUUGCUGAUGAUAUCAAGAAAGGAUGGUCUGGAAUCCAUACAAUUCCAAGGGCUAUUUGGCUGCAUAAAUCUGGUAAACAAUUGGUACAGUGGCCAGUGGAGGAAAUUAAAAAGCUGCGAGAAAAACCAGUUAACUUGUCACCCCAAACCUUAAAAGGAGGCAAAUUUCUUCAAAUUAAUGGUGUCACAGCAACACAGGCUGAUGUUGAAAUUUCAUUUGAAGUGAGUGAAUUGGGAAGGGCUGAAAAAUUGAAGUAUUGGACUGACCCCCAAAUUCUGUGUAGCAGAAAGGGUUCUUCAUCCCUCAGAAGUGGAUUGGGUCCUUUUGGUUUGCUGGUUUUUGCUUCAGAGGGAUUGCAAGAGUUCACAUCAGUUUUCUUCACAAUAUUCAGAUACCAACAAAAAUAUUUGGUACUCUUGUGCAGUGACCAGAGCAGGUCUUCCUUAAAUAAGAACAAUGAUUUGACCACUUAUGGAACUUUUGUAGACGUGAAUCCUCUUAAGGAGAAGUUAUCAUUGAGAACCUUGGUUGAUCAUUCAGUAGUAGAGAGUUUUGGAGGAGAAGGAAGAGGGUGCAUCACUGCCAGAGUUUAUCCAACAUUAGCAAUAAAUGAUAAAGCACAAAUAUAUGCUUUCAAUAAUGGUACUGCAGAUGUCAAGAUUACAAGAUUCAGUGCUUGGAGCAUGAAAAAAGCACACAUAAAGUGAAAUUAGAAAGAGAAUUAUUAUAAUUUUUACU